UUGCGGAGUCGGGUCUUUUUUCUGGCUUAAGCGCUGGUUCUCCAUCCCUCCCCCCCCGGUUGCGCUGUCAGUGUUGAUCAAUGGCUACCAUCAAUCUUUCUCCUACACACAGUGUCUCUUACCUUCGUUUAUUCUCUUCGCUUCCUCAGAAUACCUCUGCUUUGUCACUCUAUUCGCCGGUCAAAGCCAAACCUUCAUUAUCUCUUCGCUAUAUUUCUCUGAAACCCUAUAAUACAGAUACAGAUAAACCUAGGGCGCGGCUGGUAGCUUCAGCUGUCAAGAAUCUCGGGGAGACGGAUCCAAUAGUCCUCCUGCCGGAAAAUGAGGCCGCUGCCUCCGAGCUGCCGUCUGGGACAGGCGUAUACGCCAUUUACGAUAAAAAUGAUGAGCUUCAGUUCAUUGGCUUAUCUCGUAAUAUUGCUGCAAGCGUUUCUGCUCACCGGAAAUCAGUUCCAGAGCUCGUUGGCGCCGUGAAGGUAAGGGUUGGGGUAGUAGAUGAACCUGACAGAGAAACUCUAACUCAAGCAUGGAAAUCAUGGAUGGAGGAACACAUAAAAGCCAAUGGAAAAGUUCCACCUGGUAAUGAAUCAGGAAAUGCCACAUGGAUGAGGCAGCCACCAAAGAAGAAGGCGGAUCUUCGGCUGACCCCUGGUCGCAAUGUCCAGUUAACUGUCCCCCUUGAGGAACUCAUUGACAAGUUGGUAAAGGAAAACAAGGUGGUUGCAUUUAUCAAGGGCUCUAGAAGUGCACCAUUAUGUGGAUUCUCCCAGAGGGUGAUUGGCAUUCUUGAAAGUGAAGCAGUGGAUUAUGAGAGUGUUGAUGUCCUGGAUGAAGAGCAUAACUGUGGAUUGCGAGAGACGCUUAAGAAGUAUAGCAAUUGGCCUACGUUCCCGCAGAUCUUUUUGAAUGGUGAAUUGGUUGGAGGUUGUGAUAUACUGACCUCCAUGUAUGAGAAGGGUGAAGUGGCUAGUUCAUUCAAAAAGUAAUUAUGCAAGUUUCUCAGCAUUGAGGCACUCUUUUAAAUUGGUGCAACCAGUUCCAGGAUUAGGUAGGCAUGGGAGGACACUGAGGCCAUGUAUGGGGAGCUUAGAGGUAAAUAAAGGCCUCUUGCUCAGUUGUACUAAUAUGUUAUAUACUAGUAUGUUAUCUUUCAGUAAAAGAUUAAUUAUUCUUGCAGUCCUGGUUUCAUGGUGAAAAAUUGAAAAUUGUUAGCUCU